AUGAAAGUCUUUACCAGUUUGAUUUUAGGCUCCUUUUUCGACCGGGCCCAAUCCACAACCACUUUUACCCCCGUCCAAGGAAUUGCUAAAACUGCAUUCGAAGGAGAGAUUCGAUGCAGAAAACUUGGAGGUCAUCUUGCUUUCUUCCGAAAUGCAGCUGAGUUCGAGGAUUUCAACGAAGCAACAGGCCACGGCGGUAGCAAUCACUGGAUCGGUGUCCAGCAAAUUGGAUCCUCAUCAACCUUUAAGAACGUUGACGGAACAACACCAUGGCUGAAUUGGAACAACGGCGAGCCAAAUAACUCAGAGGAACGAUGUGUUGAGCUAUACGUUCAGCCGGGUGAUGAACCUGCUGUUAUGAACGAUAAAUCAUGCUCCGCCAGCAGAUUGUAUAGUUGCCGAAUCGACGAUCCCCCAACUUGCGCAGACAUCGAGCCUAACUGUAACGCGUCAAAUUGCGCGACGGGCGGUUUCGAACAAAUGUUUUGCCCAAAGACAUUUGGGCUCUGCGACACUUGGACGCCUCAAACCAUCGGUGAUUUAACCUUUUUGGAUAAUUGGACUUCUGAAACCUGUGUUGACAAAAGCCCGGCUUGCGAAGGGUGGGCAAGUCGAAACCAAUGCAUGGUUAAUCCAGUGUACAUGCUGAAAAAACUGCCCUGUCAGUUGCAAGCAAUGUGA